GAAACCCCUAGUUUAGCGGGUGGUCAUUUGUUCUUGAAUUUGGCUUUGGGUUGGUUCUUGAUUAGGCUUCUUUUUUGGGUGUUCAAUUUCUUUGGGUUUCUUGGCAUUCUGGGUCUAUGGCUUCCAACAAGGAAAGUAUGAUCAAGCGUGGGUUUCAAAGCGGCAAGCCAAGGAUGCGAGUUAUGAAGCGCCCUGAGAUUUUCCACUUUAGAAUCCCAGAACCAGAAGAAUAUGAUCUCAUGGAUGAAGAUGAAUCUGCUUCUGGUUUUGAAUCUUGUUCUGAAGUUAAGCUUUGCAGUCCUUGUGAUGCUUCUUUUUCUCCCAUGGAAGGCAGCAACACUGGUCCUCAGUACGACCCUUUUGAGUCUCAUAGCUCUGCUCUUCAAUCAAUUCGUGGUUCAUCUUCUACCCAUGAAAGUGAUGAUUCAAGCUCUACCCAUCAUCAACAUGAUGAUGAUGAACAAGAAAGCGAGGAACUUGAUGAGAUCAACAGCCCACAGAGCGAGUUUGGUCCAUCAUACUCUUCACCCUCUUACGCGACUUUUCCAGAGCCAUUGUCUCCACCAAGAUGUGCUUCCUAUUUCGACUGCAAUUUGUGCUUGAAAAUGGCAAGAGAGCCGGCGGUGAAUUCAUGUGGCCAUUUGUUCUGUGGGAUUUGUUUCCAAAAUUGGUUGCAGAUCUUCUGCCUCGACCAUCCGGAGUGCCCUGUUUGUAAGAGUGAGGUGUCUCCCUCCUCCAUCACUCUGAUUCUGCAGCCUGCCUCUGCCUCCUCCGAGACACCGGUCGGCCACGGAGACCUCAGUUCUGGCUUCAAUACACCACCACCACCAGGACCAAAGUAGGGCCUUUGUUUUGAAGAUUGAAUUAAUGUGCAGGUGGGAGCUAUAUAGCCUAUUGAUGUUGCAGUGUUCGCUCAAUGUUGAAUAUUAUUAUUGUGCUUGUAACUCUGGUUAUCCAAUUACAGCCUGAAAGUUACUUUAA